AUGAGCGAUAUUUCGAUUAUUCACGAUGAGUCAAUGGGCUUUGACGCCUCGUUCGGAAUAUCCUUUAUUGGGGAUAACAUGUUUACAAUUAGAUGCGGUAAUUUUUUGCAGAUUUGUCAAUUUAAAGAUCGCGCAAUUGAAAUUCUCAGUUCAAUAUCAGGCGAACUUACUGGAUUUUCUGCUAUGGCAGGAACUCCAUUAUUACAAACUCUUGCAUACGCAGAUCAAAUACAAAAUCCUCUUAUUCACCUUGUUGAUAUAAAUGGAAAGGAAACCGGAACAGUUUCAGUCCAAGGAACUUUCGGUGUUAAGUCAUUAGAUUUCUCUUAUGACGGACAGUGGCUUUAUUCUCUUGGUGGCCUUCCAACCUUCCGUUUAUCAGCAUUCGAUUGGCAAAAAAAAGUAGAAGUAACAAACAAGACAUUCAAUUCACCAAUUGGCCAGAAUAUCAGCGUUUGUCCAAUGCACCCUCGUCUUAUAGCUGUUUAUGGAGAUGAUAACUUGGCUCUUCCUGAAUUACCACCAGAAUUACAAGAUGAUCCAGAGCCACAUCUCAGAUUCUAUACGUUACAAGGUUGCAAGGAAGAAUAUGCUUUUGUUGAAGUUAUUGCAGAAAUUGAUUCUCCAGUUACAGCUUUAACAUGGUCUCCUAAAGACGAAUGCAUCGUUGCCACACGUGAUGGCAGAAUUAUCAUCGUAAAUCCACAAACAGGUAAAAUUGUCGGAGAUCCAUUCAAACUCGAAGCAUUAGAAGACGGACAGCAAUAUGCUUCCGCUCUUUUCUGCACAUCCAAGUAUAUCAUUACAUCCGGAACAUGCGGAAACAUCUAUUGGCUCAAUUACGAAGAUCUUCAUCAUACAAACGACCUUUUCAUCUUAGAAACAGGUGCGCCAAUCCUUUUCUUCAAGAUAUUCCCACAUUCCAAUCGUUUAAUGUUCGGUACUGAUCGCAAUUCUCUUAUCUGUGUCGAACUCGAUGAAAAUACUCACCAAACAAUUGACAGUGGAAACGCAAUGACAUGCUUACGAGAGACCCACCAAGGUCCUAUUACAGCUGUAUGCGCUCUUCCUCACCAAAUCAUUACCGCCGGUGCAGAUGGAACAUUACGAACAUGGACUUGCUCUCCAUACUUAGCGCAGACACAAAAACUAACAUUUGCUAACGAAUCAUUUACAUCUUUGGCCUCUUCCAAGGGUGGUUCUUUAGUUGCUGUCGGUUCUCAAAGUGGUGUCCUCAGAAUUAUCAACUCGACUGACCCAGAUGAUCCAAUUUUACUGUUCAGAGAGCGUCUCCAUGCGGGACCAAUCACUUCUAUUGUCAUUACAGACCAUUACAUCGCUUCAGGAUCAACAACAGGAAGUGUAGUUAUUCUUAGAACAGAUCCAAAUUCAUGUUUCCCAUUAAUUGGCCUUUUGCAAUUGAGAACAAGUGUUGUUUCUCUUUCUGCUCCACCUCCUCUCAAACCAGCCGGUGAAGGAAAUGCUCCAGAACAAUUAUUGAUUGCUACAGGACACAGAGAAAUUAUCAGAAUUGAUGUUCCUAACGAAGCUCCUGAUAAUUUCAAGCUCCAAAUCGAAACACUCAACAGAGCAUUACUCAAAGUAUCAAACAAAGUAUCAACAAUCACUGCAGAACCAACACUUCGCGAAGAACAACAAUAUUUCUUCUGUGGAUGUGACAAUAAAAGUGUCAAAUAUUACUGCAUGCCCGUAACAACCGGCGAAUUAGAUUUAGUUGGAAUUGAUGAUGUAGAAUGUUCUAGUCCUGAUGAUACAUUCACAGGACAUUCAAAGACAGUUACAUCCAUUGCUUUGUCACCUGAUCAACAGUUUGUUGCUUCAGGAUGUGCAGGAGCAACAUUAAUUGUCCGCGAAAUAGAUAACGCUACAGCACAGUUGAAGAGAGUCAUGAUGACAGUUACUCAUCAUUCUCCAACAAACGGUGCAAUCAGUGGAAUCUGUUUCUCUCCUGAUGGAAAGAAGUUGUUCACUGUUGGUUACGAUGGAUGCAUCAAUACAUACUCAAUUCGUGUUGAUCCAUCAGCAAUUCCUCGUGAUUCUUUCCAAGUUCCAAGAGAAGGAGCUUUCAAGUCAUCAAUCUCAAGACAGUUCUUGAUCGAUCACCAGAUCUCUUCUUUGACAGAAAUGUGGAUGGGAAGAGAAUACGGAUCAAGCGAAGACAACGGAUUCCACAACGAUGAUGGCAAUGGAAGUGAAGAAUUACCAUUAGCUCAGCAAAUCAAAGCUGAAAAAGAGAAGCAACAACAGGCAGCAGCUCAAGAAUUCCAGAAGGAAUUAACAGAACAGAUCACACAGAUCAAGGAUGAAUUCAUGCAUUUGGUUGAACAAAACGAGAAAGCUCCAGAACUCGAGAAACUCACGAAACAAGACUUUACUUUGGAUGUUGCUUCAGCAGAGAAACUCCAACAACUUGCUGAAUACAGGAAAGCUCUUAUUCUCUAUCGCAGAACAAUAAAGAACCAGAUAAGAGAACUCAAUGCUGAUAAAAUCACACAAAGAGCAUUUAAGCCAUUCGAACCUAAAUUGACAACAAUUUAUUCGUUCAAGACUCCAAUACAUUUCGAUAAUUUCCCACUUCCUAUUCUCACAGAGAAACAACAAAGACAUCUUAAAGUUGUCACAUUGUUGAGAAGAACGGAAAUUGCAGCAUUGAGAUAUAAACCAGGUGUUGGAUCAUCAUUAGUUGUUUCACAGAUGAGAGACACUUCUCUUGAUGGUUCUCGUUAUUUGUUCUCUCGUUCAAACUCAUUAGUUACAUUGACACAAAGCGAACAAAGUGACAACGAAUUAAUUGUUAAAGAAGACGAGAGAUUGUUGUAUGAUCCAUUCCAGUUAGUAACAGGAAACAGAAAGGUCACGCAACUCACAAUUGUUCAGCACUUGAUUCAAGAAGCGAUGCAUCAUUUCAACACAAUAUUUGAAGAUAUGAUGGGUCGUAAAGCGAAUGCAGUUCAGAGUCUUCAAGAGAGGAAUAAGCGAAUCAGACAGUUAAUCAGAUUACUAAGACUUAAUCCAGAUGACUAUCAAUUGUUCGAUCCUCCUGCAUAUCCAAACGAAGAUCCAGACAGUUUCAUGAAAGUCAAGGAUGAAGAAGUCAUUGUUAAAAAGCUUCAAGGUCAAGAAGUUAAAGAAAACGUUAAAUCGGAUGAACUUGAGAAAGACUCAUUUGCACAGAGAGCAUUGCGAGAGAUGAUGGGUGGUAACAUCAGUGUUGGUAACAUGGAAGAAGCUCCACAAGAUGACGAACCAAUUGCCCCCGAGUGGAUGACAACUAAGAAGAAAGAAGAAAUGACAGAAGAAGAACAAUACCAAGUUCAAGAAUUCGAGAAGAAGAAGAAACUAUUCAUCGAAGAACGUGAAAAGCGUAAGAAGACACUUUCUGCUGAACUUGUCAAACUUUACAAAGGCACAGCAUCAACAAUCGAAGAAUUCGACCACCAAAUGUGUGCAGCAUAUAUCCAACGAAUCGACACAGAAGAAAAGAUUUAUUACCACGAAUUAGAGAUCAUGCACUUGUUGUUCACAAUCAACAGCGAACGUGAACUUAAUUCUAAGUUGAACAAGAUUUCUGAUGACAUCGAAGACAAGAAAGAACUUAUCAGACAACGAACACAGACGUGGAAGGAAAUCACACAAGAAUCUAUUGCCGCAGCUAAAGCAGCCCAGACAGCAGAUGAGAACUUGAAAUCAGUUCAAGAUCAAGUCGACAAAGACUUCAAAGCACGUGAUAACCAACCACAACUUAUCCGAUGGUACAAACACUCAGUUGCUAUCAAAUACAAACCUAAACCAACCAACAAACCAAAUGUUUUCAGCCAGUUCAUCCAUCCUUCAAUCGAUUUCACAACAAACACCGAAGAAAUCCUUAAUCCAGCGAACCGCCCUCAGAAUCUUCCAGAACAGCGCUGGAAGAACUUCUUGGAGUACUGCGAAGCGAAGACACGUGACUCUCGUGAACAAGCUGAAAGACACGAAGAAUCUAACGAACUUAAAGCACGCGAGAACUCAUACAAAGAUGAGUUGACUAAACUUGAACAAGAAGCUGACGAACUCGAGAAUGAUCGAUCUGAAACAGUCGACAAACUCUUGAAUGCUAUGGUUGAUAUGCAUGUUCCAUUCACAUUCCGUCAAGGUCAAGCCGAAGUCCCUAACGACACAAUUCUCCUUGACUACAAAGACAUUGUUUUGAUCAACAAGAAAGUUGUCUCCGCACAGAACGAGAAGAUCAUCGAAGCCGGCAAACGAAAGAUCGAUAUGCUCGAGAAUAUCCGCCGUCAUCACUCAGAACACAAAGAACUCCGAUGGAAGAUUGCUAAAUGCAAUGUUGAUCUCACAAACCUUCAAGAAGAAAUCCAAGAAUAUCAGUUGUUCCGCGUCACCAAACUUGAUCAAGAGUUGAUCCGAUCACGACUCACAAAAGGUCAGUCUGGUGAUGACCGCAACCAGAAAGAACUUAAGUCACUUAAAGCAGGCUUAGAAGGUAUGGUUAAUCAACACAAACUUAAAGUUGAACACGCACAAGCCAAUCUCAAGAAGCUUCAUAAGAAACUUGAACAGAAGCGACAAGAGAACGACAAGAUCGAGAACGAGAUUCUUCAGAUGCAACUUAAUCUUAAAGAGCGUAAACGAAUCUACAACAUCCAGAUGAAGAGCACAGAAGGUGCACAAGAUGCCCGCAAGCGUCGACUUAAACAAGUCAUGCUUAUUUCUAAGCUUAAACGUGCUAAACAAGUCCAAGAAGCCAAGAUUGCAUCUCUUCAGGAAGAUGUUUCACGUCUUCGAAGGUGUGUUUACACAUCAUUUGGUGAUGAUGACACUGAAGUUAUGGUUGGUUACAAAUCAUGA